UGCGCAUGUCCGCGUCUGCACGGACGGAGACAGACUGUGAGAGAGAGGGAGAGAGAGAGAGAGAGAGGGAGAGAGAGAGAGAGGGAGAGAGAGAGCUAUACUAGGGAAAGAUUGGCAAAGACAAAGGACUGAACCGCCUUUAGGGGACCAGGAAAGAGUAGUUGUAGUUUAAACAGCGGGUUGUAAUCGACCAGCCGUGACGCCGCCGGCGGGGAGCGACCAGUCCAGGCUCCUGGAAAUGUUUACCUUCUUCUCAUUCUGGGGUCUGCAGACCAAGAGGAGAAGCGUAUAAUGCCCCCCACCCCCAGCUAUCUAUCAUCAUCAAUAACUGGGGGGGGUUUUCAAAAGUUUUUCAGACUAAGUGUCUUUCAGCAUCACAUCCUGGUCAUCUCCGUUCCAGUGGAAGUGACGCGUCAUGGUCAUGGUCAUGGCCCGGUGAUGGAAAGAACUGUGUAGCUAUAGGCUUGGUGACUGGAUGGAAAGAGCUGUCAACACACACACACAUAAAGAUGGAGGAAGUGGAAACGCACAGAGAACAGCAGCAGUUUGAUUGACCACACCGCUGGUGGUGGUGGUGGUGGUGUUGCUGGAGGAGUAAUCUUUCGUUUGGGAGGAGUAAUCUUUUGUUUGGGAGCAUCUGGAGUGUCUUUGUUUGUCGCCGAUCCCAUCGUGGGCUCCAGUUUUUACCUCCUGCCUCCUGUUGACUUUUCUGCACCGUUCUAUCAUUUUAGAGAGAGCAGGUGUUAAACAGCCACAGGUCUCAUUUACCCCGCAACCCCCACCUCCCCCUCGUCCGUUCACAGAGACUCCCAAGCUCCUCUCUUCCAAACGGCUGAGAGGUUGCUAUGGCAAUGGUUGUCACGAUGCCGAUGUAGCAUCCUGAAGGUAGUAGUUGUGGAGGUAGUGGUGGAGCUGGAGGAGGUGGAGGUGGUGGUGGCGGCGGUGGUGAUCGUCCAGGGAUGGGAAGCGCUCCGUAUCCAGCUGGUGAGUGGAAGGGUAAGGGCCGAGGCGGCCUGCAAGAGCUGGGCUGCAUGCGCUGGAAGGUCAGCAAGCAGAAAGGAGGAGGAGGGGAGGUGGCGGUGGCGGUGGCGGUGGGAGCGGAUGAGAGGAGGUGCAGGGACCCCACAGACUCUCAGCAGCAGCAGCAGCAGCAGCAGCAGGAUCUCUCAUCCUCCUCUUCCUCCCUCUCCCCCCCACUGCCUCCUCAACCCUCUCUGACACCUCCAGCCAUUUAUCACGAGAAGCAGCGGAGGGAGCUGUGCGCCCUGCACGCGCUCAAUAACGUCUUCCAGGACGGGACGGCCUUCAGUAGGGACACCUUGCAGGAGAUAUACCAGAGGCUUUCUCCCGGCACUCUGGUGACGCCUCACAAGAAGAGCAUGCUGGGAAACGGAAACUAUGAUGUGAACGUUAUAAUGGCAGCCCUGCAGACCCGAGGGUUUGAGGCAGUCUGGUGGGAUAAAAGAAGGGAUGUGGGCAGCAUCGAGCUGUCCAACGUGACGGGCUUCAUUCUGAACGUGCCAUCCAACCUGCGCUGGGGGCCCCUCCGGCUGCCGCUCAAACGCCAGCACUGGAUAGGAGUCAGAGAGGUGGGCGGAGUCUACUACAACUUGGACUCCAAGCUGCGUAGCCCUCAACCCAUCGGCAACCCGGAUGAGUUCAGGAAGUUUCUAAGCCAGCAGCUGCGAGGGAAGAACUGUGAACUCCUAUCGGUGGUCUCUGAGGAAGUGGCGGCCCACCAAACGUGGCGGUCGGAUGGCUAAAGGAAUUCACCAUUUGGCCACAGAAUGAACAGGAGAGGACGUAACGUAGUGCGCAGCCGAUCGCAUGGAUGCACAGUCGCAGAUAUAUUUCCCCUCCUUUUUGGGGUUUUGUUUACACAGCCAUUGCUGGACUCUUAUCGGAGAGGAUGCAAAGCAAUGAAGGAAGCAAACACUUUACAGGGAGGACUGGAGGAUCACAGCACUCACAACACAGUUAAGAAGUUACUAUUCUGUUUCGGCUAUUCUGUUUUUACAUAUAUAUAUAUAUAUAUAUUGACUAUUUUUCAAUGUCGGUUUUUAUUUUUAUUUUUAAUUUCUUUUUACUGUUCAAGUUUCCAAAGUCACGGGAGCUCAAUGCUGUGUUUAUCUGCUGUCCCUCAGUGAUCCUCCCUGCUACAGUCAUGAUGUUCACUGUUUCAGUCCCUCUCUUCACGUCGUGAAUGUCUCGUUGACCCCUGACCCCCCUCCCCCCCGCGUCCUUCACUUUCACCAAAGCGUGCCCUUUCUUGCCUCGGUGUGACUCCACCCCACUCCUCCUAUCGGACACCUUUUACAUAAUCAGUGAUUUAUCACGCUGCCAACUUUGUAUUUCAUCCACUUACGAAACACUUCUGGCACAGUCUGAGCCUGCACUGUACCAAGGCCGUGUGGACAUAACAGUUUUAUAUGCAACAAAGCAAUGCAACGCCCGGGCCAAGCCCUCCACCUAGUGGACGCUUGCCUCUGGUUCCUUUCAAGGGAAAAGUAACCGCAUCAUUCAUCAAGCUUUUUAAUUGUUCAAAUAAUUACUUGGUAGGAAUGAAGAGUGCUUGUCAUCGAGGAAAUAAUGCAAUACUAACGUCUGUCAUCACUGAGUAGAAUAAUACUGGAUCAUUAUUUGAUAUCAAUCAAAUUACGGUGAUAAGAAAACCUGUUGUCUAAAUUGUUGAUACAAAUUAAACAUUACAUUACAGAACUUGGCCGUACUUGGUAUUACCAAGACGGUCCUUUUCUGAGCUUUCAACCGUAUCACACGGCUGUCAUCAGCAGACCGAGUUGCCAGAGAAAUUAAGAUGUUCAAACUUUCUUGUAGUGCUAAAACUGCAAGUGGAUUAAUUAAAUUAAAAAAAGUAAACACAAACAAAUGCCAAACUUCUCCUUUUAUGAUAGUAAACGGAAUAUCUUUUACCAAAACAUGCCAUUUAAAUAGGAAAACCGUGGCUCUGAGAAGUUGUUAUGGACAUUUAUCACAAUUGUCUGGUAUUUGAUGACGUAAUUAAUCGUGAAAGAUUGGCAGAUUAAUCGAUAAUGACAACCUUACUUUCCAGCCCGUGGUUCUUUGGCUCUUGAGUGUCUGCUGAGGACUGGAUGAUACUGUCCAAAACUGUUUUAAUUUGUCCCAAUCCCCCCACAGAUGAGAAAAUAAGGAUGCCCCACAGGGGGUGGUAUUUAUUCGUUGCAUUAUGUUCUGGCUUCGCACUGGUCCCAAGGGCCACCUUCACUGCAGCCCUCUGUAGCACAGGAGCUGAGCAGGCUCCUCCUCCUCUCCCUGACUCACACUGCUCUGAGAGUAGUCAGCGGGGGGUCUGUAAUGUGUUACGGUUUCAGUCUGAGGAGAAGUUUUGAGGGUUGGUUGCGUGAAGGGAAGUUGUCAGUUUGAGACAGAGCGGUGGGAGGGGAGAUGGAGCGCAGUGUGCCUCGGGUAGAGAAGAAAAUGUGGAAAGAAAAGUGAAAGUCGCCGGGCUGGCUAGUGAGCACAGCUCCAGCUGGUGGUGUUGAUUAUUUAAAAAUAAGCCUUAUGAGAGAUUCCACUGUCUAAUCUAUCAGCUUAAGAGAAACUGUCAACACUAUGUGUAUUGUCUCUCCAAGACAAUAUUGGCCUUAACUUGUUUACAUGAAAAAGAAAUGUGUUCCUCUGAAAGAUUACGCUGGGGCUGUGCAGUUUGAUGCCAUUUCAAGAGAUUUAUUCCAAAGCACCAAUUUAUCAUAAAGAGAAACCUCUGAAGCUCAUCAAGUAUAAGUUUGUUAACUUUUGCUGCCAAGGGCUUUAUGUAAUUUACACGUUUUUGAAAUAGUAUGAUUUUAUAAAGAGAACAUGUUCAAUGGUGCACGUCUUAUUUAGGAAUAAAGCACUUUGAUUCAAGCCCAAUCCGUUAGACCUUUAAUGUCAUAAUAUAUCCAAGUGAACUGGCAUCGAAACAUCAGAGAGGCUGUUGUUAAUUUUUGUACCCAAUCACAUCAUGACGAGUGUCUCACAAUCACAUUCAAUGUGUGCUUUUUCAUGCCAUGACAAUCCAUCCAGCUCGUCCUACUUAAGGAAUCCUGAUUGUCACUGUUUUUGUUUUGUUUUUGCAUAGAAAUAAAAUGCUUUUAUCGGCACUUUAUGUAUAAGCUACAGUAUGGGUGUAUUAAAUGGGUCAUUACUCUCUUUGAAAGGGUCUCUUUUCAGCCUGUUUUCAUCAGUAGUAAUUCAGUGCAUUUACUCAAGUACACAAUACAAUUGUGAGGUUAUUUUUCUUAAGAAUGUCAUGCUCCUACCACAAUACAUUUCAGAGGAAAAUCAAACAUGGAAAGCAUUAAAAAAAUACAAUGCAUUGUUGAAAAAAUAAAAAUAAAAAGUGGUUUCCAACA